UCUGCAUUACACGUGGUUCGUAGUCCACGUGGGUUAGUGGAGUAGCCUACAACCAGGAAAUGCAGAACUGCUCGGAUUGUUGAGUUGUUUAUCUCUCAGUUUUCUUCUUUCUUCUGUUUUCUUCUGGCCUGAGAAACAUGGAGGACGUUUUGCAGUUGAAGGAGCAACUUAAGGAAAAGGACAGAGAAUUAGCCAUAUUGAAGAAUAAACUUGCUCAGUUAGAAAAGUUUUCUGCUAGCAACUGCUUUCCAACGGAUCUUCAGGACAAAAUAACGGUUUUAGCCCCACUUACACCAAAAACGUCAUUAACCAAUGAAGACAUCAUGCGAUUUAGUCGACAGCUUCUUCUACCAGAACUUGGUGUAAAAGGUCAACUUGGAUUGUCCAAGACGUCUGUUUUGGUUGUGGGUUGUGGAGGACUGGGCUGCCCACUUGCUCAGUACUUAGCGGCAGCUGGCAUAGGGCGUCUUGGUCUGCUGGAUUAUGAUGAGGUGGAGCUCAGUAAUCUGCAUCGUCAAGUCCUACACUCAGAACUGACCCAGGGUCAACCCAAAUCACAGUCUGUUGCUCAGGCCAUCAGAAGGCUGAACUCCACAGUCCAGUGCAUUCCGUACCAUCUCCAGCUCUCCCCUGACAAUGCUCUGCAGCUCAUUCAACAGUAUGACAUUGUGGCUGACUGCUCCGAUAACGUCCCCACGCGGUACCUGGUGAAUGAUGCCUGUGUGCUUAGUGGGAAGCCCUUAGUGUCUGCCAGUGCCCUGCGCAUGGAAGGACAGCUCACUGUGUAUAACUACAAUGGAGGUCCCUGCUACAGGUGCCUUUACCCUGCGCCUCCACCUCCAGACACAGUCACCAAUUGCUCAGACGGCGGGGUCCUGGGUGUGGUACCAGGAAUUAUGGGUUGCCUCCAGGCAUUAGAAGUUCUGAAAAUCGCCUCCGGCCAAGGAUCUUCAUGCGGGCAGCAGUUGUUGAUGUUCGAUGGUGAAGGUUCUCGGUUCCGCUCCAUCCGUCUGCGGCCCAAGCAGGCGGGCUGUGCUGUGUGCGGGGAGAACCCAACGGUCACACAGCUGCAGAACUAUGAAACAUUCUGUGGCUCGGCGGCGACUGACAAGUGCAGAAGACUGAAUCUUCUGUCAAAGGAACAGCGGAUCACUGUACAGGAGUAUAAAUCCAUUGUGGACAGUUCAACCCCUCAUAUCCUGCUCGAUGUUCGGCCGCGUGUGGAAGUGGAUAUAUGCCAUCUGCCUUUUUCCCUCAAUAUUCCCCUUGCUAGCAUAGAGGAUAGGAAAGCUGAACACAUCCACCUGCUCAAGGAGAGGAUCGGUGAACUCAAGCAGCAGUUGGAUGCUCAGGCGCAUGUACCAGUGUAUGUGGUUUGCAAACAGGGCAAUGACUCCCAAAAAGCCGUUCAGAUCCUGGAGAAGUUGUCUGGUCAGGAGGUAGACUGUGUUAGCGUGAAGGACAUCUGUGGUGGUCUGAUGGCUUGGGCCCAGAAGAUUGAACCGUCAUUUCCACAGUAUUAGAAGCAUUAAUUUACCCACCUUACCUGUUUGUUUAGCUGUGCCAAUAAAUCUUUGUUUUUACAA